GCGCCGCCGACGCGUCGCUCGACGCGUCGCCGUGGCUCGGCAGCCACUGCGUCGCGCUCCCGGGUCGCGGCUUCCGCCGCGCGGGCAGGUCCGCCUCGUCGCGGACGACGGCGAGCAUGGGCUCGUCGCCGUCGUCGUCGUCGCUGUCCGAGGAGUCCUCGUCGUCGUCGACCGCGGCCUCGCUCUGGGACAGCACCUCGACGGCGUGCUUGACCAAUUCCCCAGAAGCCUCGGGGUUCGCCGCGAGGCCGGCCGCGAGCCGCAGCGCCGCCGCGCGGCAGCGCUGCGCUUCCCUCGCCCCGCGCGCGUCGGGCUCCGCGAGCCGCUUGUCCAAAGCGUCGAACAACGGCGUCGCGAGCUCGUCCUUCUGGGCGUAGGCUAUUAACCGCCCGCAGAGCUCGAGCGACUCGUAGGUCCGACCGACGACGAGUCGCGCCUCCGGCACGCCUGUGCGGAAAUCAACCAGUGAGGGACGCAGCUACGGAGACACGUAGCGUCGAUGGCGUAGAGGAGCCGUCAGACCGCGGGGCGCCUCGGAUCACAAAGACAAGAAAAGGACACAGGCAAGGACCAGCGGCCGAGCCGGCCUUGUGCUCGCCGUCCUCGCGGCCGUCGCGCGCGGCCGCCGCGUCGCCUAGUAAAUCCUCGACCAACAGCGACGCGAUCACGCCGACCGUUUCCGACGGGAGCGGGUGCUGCGCCUUCUCCAGUAAGGAGUGGACCGCGGCGGAACGGACGGCAAGCAUGUAGCCCGUCGGCAGCGCCGCCCGCAGUUCCGUCAAGAUGAGCGAGAGGGACGCGCCCUCGGCCGCCAUGCGCGCCAAAGCCUUCCGCGACGCGUCCCUCUUCGUCGCGUCGCGGUGCCGCAGCGACGCGCAGACCGCGACCACCAACUGCCGCGCGACCUCCCGCCCGUCCCGCGGUAGUUUCCGCGACAGUCUCAGAAUCGAGAGGGCCACGGGCGGCCUUAGUACUUCGUCGCGCGCGCCCGUCUUCGCGCGCCGCUCGGGCCGCAUCAGCAGCCGCCGCGCCGUCGGCACGAGGAACGUCGCGACGCCGCGCGAGAGGGGCGUCUCCUUCUCGGCGGGCGCCUCGGCCGCGGCGUCGGCGUCGUCGUCGUCGUCGUCCUCCUCCUCCUCGGCACCGGCGACGACGUCCUCGGAAAACGGAAAGCAGUCCAGCGCGUGGCAGAAGGCCGACACGAACGUCGCCUCGAGGGUCCGCGACGUCCGCAGGCGCUGCUGCUGGUGGCUCGGCUUCUCCUUGCGCGAGGCCGCGCCCGGCGCCGCCGACGCCUUCUUUUCCUUGGAACUGAACCGGUCCACGGCCGCAGCUUGGCGGUCAAUAACCGUCGCGAGGCGCUUGAGGAGGGCCGCGUACCGCGACCAGGGCAGCGCGCCGCCCAGCGCGCCGACGCAGCGCGCCGCGUCCGCGUGGACGCCGUCGCGCGACGGGUCCGACAAAGGUUGGAGAGCCAAUGGGAGCAGGAUCUUCGCGCUCUCCGUGUCCUUGGAUACGGUAAUCCAGUCGGCGGCCUUCGCAAACGCUCUAGCGCGGCGGUGCGCUUGCAGGUGCGCGACGUUCUCGAACACGUCCACAUCCCUAUUACUGGCAUCCCUCAACUGCUUGAGCGGGACGAAGCGCGGCACAUACGUUGAUGAGCUCUCGUCGACGAGGACGGCGAGCACCGACACGUGCGCGCGCCGCCGCGAGUCGUCCGCGAGCGCCAGCGCGUCGAGGACGUGCGGGACGAGGUCGUCUCUACAAAUAUCGCGCACGUGGUCCGCCGCCGCCGCGGCCUUGACGAAGCUGCGCAACGACCGCGCGGCCGCGUCCCGGAGCGUCGCGUCGUCGUCCCGCAUGAUCGAACAGAGGGCGUGGACCACGGGCGCGGCCGCGGCGCGCGCGUCGUCUCUAGUAUCACCGAAGAGCGCCGCCCACGCGUCACUUGUCGUCAGAUCGGCGCACGCGCCGGCCGACGCGUCGUAGUCCGGCGCGUCGUCGAUGCUAUCCUCGUCGCGCUUGAAUAAAGCAGAGAUUGUGGAAGAGGCCACCGCGAUGCAGUCCCUUUGCAAAUCCGCGUGGCUCGCCAGCGCGACGUAGGCCGUCGCCACGGCUCGUAACGCCGCGUGCCUAUCAGAAGCCCCGAAGAAGCUCGUGGCGUCGCGCUUCCUCCGCGGCGGGCCUAACAACGGCGCGAGGCGCGUCGCCUGCUGGCCCGGCCUGCCGCUCCGCGGUAAAAGCGUCUCGAGGCACGCCAGGAUCGAUUCCCUAGCGGAAUCAAUAGUCGUGUCGUGCGCACUUCCAACAGUCUUCAGGCGCGCGCACAGGCACCCGAUCAAUUCGUCCGCGUCAGACUCGGUCAACCGCCACGCGCCGUCGGCCGCCAAUCUCCCAACUCGCGCCAACGCGCUGAGGCAGCGCCUUUGUAAUUGCGUGUGCGUUCCUUUACUGAGCUGCCCGCCCAAGGCCUUGAUAAUUAAUGAAGAAUGCGUUUCGAGCUUCGCGUCGUCCUCGAUAAUCAAUAAAUGGCAGACCUCCUCGAGGGCAAAGGAGCUUCGGGGACAACAGCCCGCCAGCGCGGCGACGCACCGUUCAUCCACAAUAGAACGCAGCGCGUCGCUUCUACAACAGACCGCCACGACCUUGAGCAGCGCGGGCGUGCCGUCCGCCCCGCCCCUACUUAACGCCGCGAGGUGAUCUGAUAAAGGCGUCCAGAGGCGCGCGACCAGAUCCAUCUCCCGUAAAACUUGCGACGCCGCGAACCUUUCUAGCAAAUCUCUCAAACACUGCAGGGCCGCGACGCGACGUCUUUUUUGUUUCGCGGGCGAGUCGUCUUGAUCAUCAUCGUCCUCGUCGAGCUCUUCGUCCUCGACGAUCGAAUCGCCCGCGGCCGCCGCGACGCAGACCGACAGGAUGGCGGGCGCCCGCUUCUCAAUCUUAAAACCGAGCUUGGCGACCACGGCUCUUAGCAAAGUACACAACCCAAGCACACGCGCCGGCGUAUUACUAGAGACGGCCUUUUUGGCAGUCUCGGCGUCCUCCAAGGCAUCGACGUCUUCACAAAACGCGCGGAACAUGAGUCUGAUAAACUCGUCGAGCUCCUCGCUUUCCAGCGCCGCGAGAAAAGCUAAAAUCGUGGCCCGUCUUAGUGAAGGCGACGCGCCGCGGCGGCCGCCCGCGGCGCCUGACCGCGCGCGGAACCGCCCAUAGAGUACCCUUGUGAUUAAUGGAAUCAGCUCCGCCCGGUGGGCAUCGUCGACGGUCCAGAGCUGGUCGUCGUCGCCUUUUCGGGCACCUUCCGGUAACCGCGCGUCGCCCUCCCGCGCGACGCGAAACUUCACGAGCGUCUCUCGCAAUUUGGCAUCAUCUAACAAAGCCUCCAGUCGCAAUGCGUAGGGCUUCAGGUGUGGGAGACGAUACGUCCCGAGGCAUCUUAAUGAAAGCAACGCGACGUCGCCCCGCGGCCUCGCUAAUAAACCCUCGUAGACGCGCCUUAAUUGCUCGCCGCGCGGUAAUGAUAGAGGCGCCGGCGCGCUCGCAAAGACAGUUAAUACAACCUCGAGCCGCCGCUGCGCAAUGGAUGGUUGUAGCGGUGUCCGCGCGUCGCUCUCGACGACGUGUCUUAACACAUCUUUACCGUCGGGGUCGUCUCGCGACGACGGAAAGACGUCCUGCCUUAGUAAUUUCUCGAGCAGCGCCACGCAGGUGCGCGCGGCGUAUUUGGUGCCAUGUUUCAAACCGCCGCACGCGUCGACGGCCUUCCAGCAGACCUCGUGGGCCUUUUCCGUUUCUAGUGGGGCGUCGUCGUCGCCUAGCGGACUCCCGAGACCAUUGGUCUCGUCCUUCCUUCUCAAAUCUUCCUUCAAUAUUUCCGAGGCGUCGUCCGCGUCGAAAACGCUCUCGGUUAUUUUGUGCGGCGGCGUCGCUCGCGCCUCGCAGCAAGUUUCCAAUCGCCGGAGAAGAAAGGGCCACGUUUCUGACGGGUGCGUGGUGGCGAGGGCCUGCAAAGCUUGCGUGCUCGACGCCCAGGCCGGCGCGAACCGUAUUGAUAAAAGCCCGACGCAGACCGCUGCUAGAGUCGAAGCCGCGUCCGCGUCGAGCCGCGGCGCCGCGGCCGCCGCCGCGCCCAACAACCUUUGUAGAGGGCGCUCCGAUGAUAGGGCCAGCGGCAGUCUAUCCACAGCCUCCGCGAGGCGCAGCGCCCACCGCCGGUGCGAGCUAAAUAUGGAGAGCGUCGUAGCUGUUAAAGCGUCAUCAGUAAUCUCUGGAGCCGCCUCCGUCGUGCUCAGGAGCCUCCUGGAAAGCCGGCGCGCGCGCGUGAAGGGCGACGCGAGCAUGUCCACAAGCGUCGCGUCGAGCGCGUCGGGCAGCGGGACGGGGCGCCUUUCCACAGCGACGACGGCCGCCUCGAGCACGGCGGCGCUCUCGAUGAGUGCGCGCGCCCGCACCGCCUUCAUCGACGCCGCGCGCGCGUCUAUCACAGAUAAAGCUGCCAGGGCCGCGCCGAAGACGACGCCGUCGUUUUCAUCUAACAAAGCCUCGACGGGCGCGCGCGGCACACUUUUACAAUGCGCACAAACAUUCAAAGCAGCGACGCGGAUCGCCCGGUCCUCAUUCUGCAGAAGCGCGCCGACGAAGGGCAGCUCCGCCGAUGAGGAAGAGGCGUCGAGCGCGCGCCGCGCGAUCACUAGGGCCGCGGCCGCGUCCUGCGAUGAUAAGGAAGCGGCCCGCGCGAGGAUGGGUUCAAAAGAGAGGGCCGCGACCCGCGACGCGCCUUCCAGCGACCGGCUCGCGCGCACCGGUGCCGCAUCAAAAGCGGCGGCGAGCCACGCCCCUACCCUUUCGUUGCAGAGACGCGUCAGCGGGCCGACCGCCGACGCGGACGCGCCGAGGACGCAGGCGUCGAGCAGUUGCAUGGAUUCUGGCGAGACCGGCUCCGCGUCGAGCAGCGCCCGCAGUUGAUUUGACCGAGACAACGCUAAUGAAUGAGGCAGCGCCGCGUCGUCCGCGGCGCCGUCCCGCAGUCGCGGCGUGAGUAAGCGCCCGCGCCGCCAUCUGACGACGCAAGCUAGCGUGGCCAACGCGCGGUCGCGCGGUAUUGUUUCAGGGAGAUCCACACACAAACUCCACAACGGUUCGAUGUCGUCGCCCGGCCGCGUCGCGUCCAUGAUACGCUGGAGCACCUCCUGUAAAACGUCGGCUGGCGCCUUUGCAACGCAAGGCAAUAAAGCGGACCGCGCGCGCGUGUGCAGCCGCCCGCGAAUUCCUAAGGAAAGCUCCACCACGAAAUGCGCUAAACCCGAAGCGACGUGCUUCGUUUGUCGUUGAGCUACCGAUGAACAGACGUUGCCGACGUGCGCCUCCACGGCAUUAUCGUCGUGCGCCCUCCUUAUGAGUCGAGCGAGGGCCCGCGCGCCGAGCAACCGCGCGUCGUCCGUCGGCGCUCCUAAUAAGGAAGCGUAGUGCCGUCUACAAUGAGACGGCCAGCCGGUCUCCGCGAGGCCUUCCAGUAAAUGGGACGCGCAGUACUUGAACACAUAAUCUAAGGCUCUAGCCGCGGCACUUGCCGUGUCCGCGUCUUUGCUGGAGACGGCCUGUACUAAACCAUGUACGAGGACGUCCAACGAAUCUUUGGCCAACGCGGGCCCCGCAUCUCUAGCUAGCACCGACGCCAGCGAGAAGACGGACGGUAGCGGCGCUUCUGUAAAAGCCUCGCCGAGCAAAGAAGCGAUUUUAUUGACGUUGACGACGACCUCCGGCAAAGAUUGGCACAAGGGCCACAGAGGGGUCUGGUAACGCUCCUUGUACUCUGCACGUUUCUCGAGGCCGCCCAAUCGUUCGAGCUCGGCCUUCAGCAGGCAGGCGUCGCGGCUUUUCGAUUGAUCGCCCAACGCUAAUGCAUAACCUUCUUCGCCCUCGACGAGCGCCACCGUGUCGUGGCGCGACGUCGUCGCGGCUUCAUCUCUCAAAGCUUUGAAGCGCUUGCGCGGCGCCUGGAAGCGGAUGCGGCCGCCGACGGCCUCGGCUUUGCUGGGGUCGGCGCUGCGCAUUUUGUGCGCUGCAGCAGUGCGGUGAGUGCUUGUUUUUUGUGGUUGCAGUGAUUUAUUUCUGGUGCCGCGAUUGAUGCGUGAACAGUUAUAUUAUUUACAGCUGCAGCGCUAUUCAACUUGAACAGCGGCUGUGCUGCACGCCGCGCUCUGCGUUUGCCC